UUGAGGGGCGUUGAGUUUCCUUGAGGACCUCGUUGAAGUUUAGAAGAGUCAGGGGUCUCAAACCUGCACAAGAAAGAUCCAACCAUGUCGGACGCGGUGGUUAGUUUUAUGAAGGACUUUUUGGCUGGUGGAAUUGCCGCAGCCAUCUCCAAAACAGCUGUUGCUCCUAUUGAGAGAGUCAAGUUGUUGCUGCAGGUCCAGCAUGCCAGCAAACAGAUCACCGUCGAUAUGCAGUACAAGGGAAUCAUGGACUGUGUGGUAAGGAUCCCAAAGGAACAGGGCUUUAUUUCGUUCUGGAGAGGCAAUAUGGCCAACGUCAUCCGUUACUUCCCCACCCAAGCCCUCAACUUUGCCUUCAAAGACAAGUACAAGAAGGUCUUCCUCGGUGGUGUGGAUCAAAAAACACAAUUCUGGCGUUACUUCGCUGGUAAUCUCGCAUCUGGCGGCGCCGCUGGUGCGACUUCGCUCUGCUUCGUCUACCCUCUCGACUUCGCCAGAACAAGACUCGCUGCCGACAUCGGCAAGGGCUCAGCUGAGAGAGAGUUUACCGGUCUUGGAAACUGCCUCUCCAAGACCUUCAAAUCCGAUGGCCUCAAGGGUCUUUACCUCGGAUUCAACGUGUCAGUGCAGGGCAUUAUCAUCUACAGAGCGGCCUACUUCGGAUGCUUCGACACAGCUAAAGGUAUGCUGCCAGAUCCCAAGAACACGCACAUCUUCGUCACCUGGAUGAUCGCCCAGACUGUCACCGCUGCAGCUGGUAUCGUGUCAUACCCCUUCGACACCGUCAGACGUCGUAUGAUGAUGCAGUCUGGACGCAAGGGAGCUGACAUCAUGUACACGGGCACAAUCGACUGCUGGAAGAAGAUCGUGAAGGACGAGGGAGGAAAAGCCUUCUUCAAGGGAGCCUGGUCCAACGUGAUCAGAGGCAUGGGUGGUGCAUUUGUGUUGGUGCUGUACGACGAGAUCAAGAAGUACACAUAAAAAACGUUCUAAUCUCCCAGUCCCCAAGGAAACCCUUCACUUUGUUUAAGUCUUAAUUCUUGUGAUACAAUGUGGGCAUGUACAGGUACACUUGACCUGGGUUAACAGGCCUCCUCAGAAAUCUGAGAAUCACACCGACAACGCACAAACUGUCUUUCAGUGUCACAAAGUCGGUGUUCCAGUGGAGAUGUUGUGAUGAUGCAGGAGAUGACAUCACUAGCCGUCAUGUAUCAGUUAGUUGGUAAAGCAGUUGCUGAGGUCCAUGUGUUGUUAUGUUGUGACCACUCUGACCCAUGUAUCCCACCUCACAUAUUAUUUUACUAAGAAUAAAGAUUUAUUAGUCUAAUAGUCCAGUA